AUGAAGCGUCCUUUGAUAUUUACUGGCAACUGGAAUAAGCAGUUGGUCAACGACAUUUGUACGCUAGCUGGAACGCCUCUGGGAAAGGCUAAUGUGUCCACCUUCUCUGAUGGUGAAAUAAAUGUGGACCUACAAGAACAGCUGCAUGGUGCAAAUGUGGUGUUCAUUCAAUCUACAUCACCACCUGCUAACAAUCUGCUGGAGCUGUUAUUCAUGAUUGCCGCUGCCAGCAGAUCAGGUGCCAAACAUAUCACGGCAAUUAUACCGUAUUUCGGAUAUUCAAGGCAUGAUAGGAAAACGUCUAAUGGCUCUAACAUAUCAGCGAGUGAUGUCGCUCGAAUGUUGGAACUCGUUGGUGUUAAUCGCGUAAUAUCUUUCGACCUCCACAGUGCAAUGUGCCAGGGAUUCUUUGGUCCGAGGGUACAGGUGGAUAACAUAAAUGUUCACCGUCUAUUUUUAGAACACUUGAGUGGAUUAGAGAAAGUGGCGAUCGUUUCCGCCGAUGCUGGUGCUUAUUCAAGAUCUGUUCAUUUCCUUAAUAUGCUCGCAAACGCGUACCCGUCGUACGACAUCUCUUCGGCUAUGAUAUUUAAACAACGGCUAACAGCUAACCAAGUAGCUGAUGCAAAACUUUGCGGCACAGUGGAAGGGAGGACUGCAAUCAUAGUGGAUGAUAUAGUGGAUACAGCGGGGACACUCUGCAAGGCGGCAGAACUUUUGAUAGCUAACGGGGCUGCUAGUGUGUUCGCGGUAAUCACGCACGGAAUAUUCUCAGGAUCUGCACUGCACAAAAUUAGGUCCUCCUGCAUAAAGCGGAUUAUAACCACUGACAGUAUUCGUCAUAACGAAACGAUCCUUCGUGAACCCAAGAUACAGAUUGUCUCCCUCUGCCCAGAAAUCGCUAAUAUUAUCGCAAAUGUUUGA